GGUGACCGGACCCCGCAUGCCCGCCGAGGACCCCGGCGCUCGGAGCCACCAGGUCGCCAGCAGAGCCGGGUUUACCUACCAGGAUUUAACUGCGCCGAGGAUAAUAAAGGCAUAAAACACCAACGGUACCGUCGGGGCAGCGAGUGCUUCCUGGGCACUUGGGCAGGGAGAGCAGAGCAUCGUACUGCGGAGCCACCUCAGGGGCCAGAAGCCAUCAAAGCCCUGACCCCAAACCCUCUGGCCGUUCACUUGCUUCUUCGGACUCUCAGUUUACUCCAUAAAAUGGAUUUGAGGUCCCGCUAGCAAGUCAUGAUGGUUGAAUCCGCCUCGGAGACGAUACGCUCCACUCCCUCUGGCCAGAACGGGGUCAGCAGCCUCAGCAACCAGCCCGAUGGCGGCGGGGGCGGCGCGGGCGGCGGAGGAGGGGGCGGCGGGCGCGAAGGAGCCGCCGGCGGGGAGACCAACGGCGAGAUGAGCCCCGUGGAGCUCCUGCACUUCCAGCAGCAGCAGGCUCUCCAGGUGGCUCGCCAGUUCCUGCUGCAGCAGGCCACGGGGCUCAGCUCCCCCAGCAGCAAUGAGGGCAAGCAGCCAGCAGUGCAGGUCCCUGUGUCUGUGGCCAUGAUGUCCCCACAGAUGAUCACACCACAGCAGAUGCAGCAGAUCCUCUCACCGCCCCAGCUCCAGGCCCUCCUGCAGCAGCAGCAGGCGAUAAUGCUGCAACAGUUGCAGGAAUACUACAAGAAGCAACAGGAGCAGCUUCACCUGCAGCUAUUGACACAGCAGCAAGCCGGAAAGCAGCAACCCAAAGAGCCGUUAGGGAACAAGCAGCUGGCCUUCCAGCAGCAGCUCCUGCAGAUGCAGCAGCUCCAGCAGCAGCACCUGUUAAACCUGCAGCGCCAGGGGCUGGUGAGCCUCCCACCGGGGCAGGGCACUGUGCCCCUGCAGACCCUGCCCCAAGCUGUGUGUCCCUCAGACCUCCAGCAGCUCUGGAAGGAGGUCACGGCCGCCCAGCCCGUCGAGGACAGCAUUAAGCAAGAAGGUCUCGACCUCACCACCAACACCUCCAACUCUACCUCGUUUUCAGCCGCCAAGGUCUCGCCUCCCAUUUCCCAUCACCCUCUGCCCAAUGGACAGAGCACCAUGCACACGCCGAGAAGGGACAGCUCUUCCCAUGAAGAGACCCCCAGCUCCCACCCACUCUACGGCCACGGAGAGUGCAAGUGGCCUGGCUGCGAAACCCUCUGUGAGGACUUGGGACAGUUUGUCAAACACCUCAAUACAGAACAUGCACUUGAUGAUCGAAGCACGGCCCAGUGUCGAGUCCAGAUGCAAGUGGUACAGCAGCUGGAAAUACAGCUGGCAAAGGAGAGCGAGCGUCUCCAAGCAAUGAUGGCCCAUCUUCACAUGAGACCUUCAGAGCCAAAGCCUUUCAGCCAACCUCUGAACCUGGUCUCCAGUGCCACCCUCUCCAAGAGCACUUCCGACACGUUCCCCGAUGGUUUACCUCAUCCCCCCACCUCUGCCACGGCGCCCAUCACCCCCCUGCGACAGGGCCCCUCCGUCAUCAGCUCUUCCACUUUACACAACGUGGGGCCCAUUCGCAGGAGAAACUCGGAGAAGUUCUGCACCCCAAUAUCUUCAGAACUUGCACAGAAUCACGAGUUUUACAAAAACGCCGAUGUCCGACCGCCCUUCACGUACGCCUCGCUCAUCCGGCAGGCCAUCCUGGAGACCCCCGACAGGCAGCUAACGUUGAACGAAAUCUAUAACUGGUUCACACGGAUGUUUGCCUACUUCCGGAGGAACACAGCCACCUGGAAGAACGCUGUUCGCCACAACCUGAGCCUGCACAAGUGCUUCGUGCGCGUGGAGAACGUCAAGGGAGCCGUCUGGACUGUCGACGAGCACGAGUACCAAAAGCGAAGGCCACCAAAGAUGACAGGGAGUCCAACUUUAGUCAAAAACAUGAUUUCAGGACUCGGUUACGGAGCACUUAAUGCAAGUUACCAGGCUGCACUGGCAGAGAGCAGCUUCCCACUGCUGAACAGCCCCACCAUGAUCAACACCAGCUCGGCCAGCGGGAUGCUGCACGUGGGCCACGACGACGUGAGCAGCACCGUGGAGCAGGUCAACAGCAAUGGCAGCAACAGCCCCCGCCUGUCCCCGCAGCAGUACAGCCAUCCAGUGCACGUGAAGGAGGAACCAGCUGAGGCAGAGGAUGACAGCAGACCCGUCUCCCUGAUGGCCACCACCAACCAGAAUGUGACGAUUCCCGACGACAGGGACCUGGAGGAGGAGCUGCCGGUGGAAGACUUGUCCUAAGGACCCCUUCCUCCUCCCCACCGAGGGGCAAACCCUUCCCACCCUCCCGGCCGGAGACCAAGCGAUAGCUCCCACCUCCCCAAGGUGACCUUCGGCGUUAACCCCUUUUUUAAAGGCACUUCCACAGAGCAAAAGGGUUUCCUUGGUGCAACAACCUGUUGCUGACGGCGCGUCCCUCACGCUCCCCACUGCCCCGCGCCGCCGCCCCAGUGACUGACCCACCCUUGCCGCGGGGGAUGACACGAGAAGCAAAAACCCAAGAGCUGGACUUUUUCUCCCCUUCUCCCUUGGUUAGUGACUGGUGAACGAGGAUGGUAGGUUGUUUCUGUCUGAAAUGGUCCCUCCUUCCUUCCCCGGGCACGUGGAAGGCACCUCUGUCCCCUCUUCUGCUCUGCCACCUGGUGAUGCUCCGGGCUCUGCCAGCGACCGCCCUGGGGAGGGAAGGCAACGGCAGGAACCCGCCGUGGUCUCUCCAUCCCCCAGUGGGUUUUGCACUAGGAGGGACCGUGGACCCUGCCCACAUGCUGCCUCCACCCAGCUUUGGGGGAAGAAACAGCAGAAAUGGGGACGAGUCCUCUGCCACGGUCUGGAUGUUGGGCUUGCAUCGUUCUCGCGGCUGGGGAAGGACGAGGACUGUCGCAUUGGUGGGACUUUGUCCCCUUUGCUUUGUCACCUCCAGCAGGUUGCUAAACCAUCUGGCAAGCAGAGCAGCCCACCCUGGGUUGGCUGCCCUCCCUGAGCCCCCCAGUCCUGCUGGUGUUGGGGCAGAUGGCACCCAGCAGUGACAACUGUCCCCAGCCACCUGCCAGCUCUGGGCAGCGAGGACACAGCUCCCUGCUUCCUGUCAACAUCAGCUGCAGCAGGCGACACCUCUCCCAGUGCAUUUGUGGAUGGCUGGUGGCCUAACUUCCACUUCAGGGAAAGGCCCCUGGUCCCCUGCACUCCCAGUUCCUCCUCUGAAGCCAGGACAAGCUCUCUGAGGACGGGCAAUGGCACAGGGAGGCAGCAAAGCCGACCCCGGUGAAACCCCACGGCCUUGAUCCUGGCCGUGGCCGGCGAGCUGAGCCUGCUGCCACCAGGGCUCCUGCUUCCAUCUUUUCCUUUUUGUUAUCCUUUUGUGUGUGUGUGUGUGCAUCCAGAUGGGAAGAUACCAAAAGAUUUUUAGACGCAGAAGGUCCGUAGUUCAGGUGAACAGAUGGUAUUGAUGCCAAAAAAAAAAAAAAAAUUAAUAAUAAUGAGAACAACACAACCAAACAG